AUGGAGGAGCUGACGGCGUUCGUCUCCAAAUCGUUUGAUCCCAAAGCGAAGGAGAAGAAGGAGCUCAUCACCUACCGCGAGGUGCUGGAGAGCGGACCCCUGCGCGGAGCCCGGGAGCCCGGCGGAACCGCGGCGGAGCCGGGCCGGGACGAGACGGGCAGCCCAGCGGGGCGGGCGGGUGGCGGACGCUCCCCGCCGCGGGAACCCGACGCCGCCGCCGCCGAGAGAGCCGCCGACGCGGCCACCCCGAAGCUGAGCGACGUGUCCCCGGAGCUGAAAGAGCGCAAGGAGGAUGCGAAAGGCAUGGAAGACGAAGGGCAGACGAAAAUCAAGCAGCGGAGAAGCAGGACAAAUUUCACCCUGGAGCAGCUGAACGAGCUGGAAAGGCUUUUCGACGAGACCCACUACCCGGACGCCUUCAUGCGGGAGGAGCUGAGCCAGCGGCUGGGGCUGUCCGAAGCCCGAGUGCAGGUUUGGUUCCAAAACAGAAGAGCCAAAUGCCGAAAGCAAGAAAACCAGCUGCACAAAGGAGUGCUCAUAGGGGCCGCCAGCCAGUUCGAAGCCUGCCGGGUGGCCCCUUACGUCAACGUGGGAGCGCUGCGGAUGCCCUUCCAGCAGGCAAGUCGGUGCCACUCGCGGCCGCGUGGCUCUCAGGUUCAGGCGCAGCUGCAGCUGGACAGCGCCGUGGCCCACGCUCACCACCACCUCCACCCGCACCUGGCCCACGCGCCCUACAUGAUGUUCCCCGCUCCGCCCUUCGGGCUCCCGCUCGCCACUUUGGCCGAGUCCGCUUCCGCCGCCUCCGUGGUGGCCGCCGCCGCCGCCGCUAAGACGACCAGCAAGAACUCGAGCAUCGCCGACCUGCGGCUGAAGGCCAAGAAGCACGCGGCCGCCCUGGGGCUGUGACCGCUGCAGCGCUGCGCGGCUCCGGGCGGAGGGACGGAGAGCCGCGGGGGGAGAAGCGGGCGCUGCCGGCGAGACGGACUGAUGUGAGAGCCGGACGGAGCAGAAGCGCAGCUGGGAAGUUCACAGGGUU